UGAGCGGGAGGGAGAAGAGGGCUAUACCUAAGACGUGAUUCCUAUACAAUUUUAACGAUUCACACACCAGUGGACCAUUCAGAAAGUGCCACGUGCACAUUCCAAGUUGACCGUUAAAAAAUCACUUUCGCUGCACUCGAACGAGCAACCAUUUCAAUGUCUACAUAUCUAAAUCUUGGACUCAAGACUUGUAGCUACAAUCUCUAGGGUUCCUUUGGUGGUCGAAAAUGGCGGCGCCUACAGAGAUCACCGAUGGCAAUCACGCAGUGGAGCUGAUUGUGUGCGACGAUUCAGCAUCAUCACCUCAUGAUAAUGCCGGCGACAGCGCCGGCGCCGAUUCGGCCUCUGAGGAAAUAGCUCCUCUUUUAAAGCCAGAAGAGAAGCCCAAGAUCAAUAUAUUUUCUGUUUCCCAUUCUCGUAGAAAACCUAGAGAGCAAAUGGCAAAAUUACCUGAAAUGGAGACAUCUUCGCUGACACAUUUUAUUUUGUGGGUGUGGGGUGGAUCUAGAUACUCGGGUAUAUUGUGCAUGGCUUUAUCGUCAACAAUCUACUUUGUCAUGGAAGUUCUUUCUGAUUCUUUCUCUGCUCGGUCAAUACCUUUGUUUGAGAGUGCAUUUACAAGAUGCGCAAUAGUAUUGAUAUUAUCAUAUGUGUGGUUGAGAAGAAGUGGACAGCCAAUUUUUGGAGCAGCACAUGCUAGGAAACUUCUGUUCUUGAGAGCCUUAGUGGGAUAUAUCUCGUUGCUGAGUUUUAUUUAUUGCAUUCAGAGGUUACCCUUGUCUCAGGCUAUUGUAUUAAAUUUUACAACUCCAAUUGUGGCAUCAAUUGUGGCGAAGAUGAUGUUCUGUGAGAAGUUAAAAAUUUCAGAUAUUGGAGGUCUUGCUUGCAGUUUCUUUGGCAUGCUCUUUAUUUAUAGAGAGAUACUUAGAACACAAGAGAGGCGGGUUGGAUUCAAUGGAACUAUAAGGGGAAGCCACCAUUUAUAUGCAGUAUUGCUUGGUCUGCUCUCAUCCAUAACUGGUGGAAUCAGCUACUGCCUUAUAAAAGCUGGGGCAAAGGCAUCUGAUCAGCCUCUGGUCACUGUUUUUUCAUUUGGCUUGCUCUCUACCCCUGCUGCAGGAAUAUGUACAUUUGUAUUUGAGGAAUUUGUGUUGCCAGAUCUAUAUUCAUUCACUCUCAUGCUCAUACUGGGUGUUCUGGCCUUCUUUGUAGAGGUGUUUUUAGCUCGUGGACUCCAGCUAGAGAAGACCAGCAGAGCUGCAAAUGUCCAGUACAUUGAGGCUGCCUUGUCACAGUUGUGGGGCAUUGGUUCUUCAAGGAUAUCUCCAUCGUUUGGUGGUCUGGUUGGAUGUUUACUUAUUCUAAUUUCAGUAUGCUAUACCAUUUAUGUUGGACCUGACAAAGAAGUAGAAUAAUAGAAUCAUGAGAAACACCAAAUUGGUGCAAUAAUUUUGUUGUUACCAACUUGUUGAUUUUCAAAUCAAAGGUGAUGAAACUUGCAUCGCAUGAGUGGCUUUUAAUUGACUGUAUCCAUGAAUACUCUCUCACUCAGCCAGACCCUGCCAAGAUUCCCAACCAAACCAGAACCGGUCUGAUUCUGCUGGAAGCUGGAGUUAGGGCGAUAGGCCAAUCCAGGAAUGAACGAGCCAGCCAGUUACUGUUCUGACUAGUUGCAGUCAGUUGCCAAACCAAAGAAAUCUUUUUUUAACCAAGUUUGGAACCAGUUCUAUUGAAAACCAAACCCUUAUGACCCUAGAAAUUUCUGGCUGUAUGAUUCCACUAAUUGACUUUGAUAACCACAUGACUCGCCAAAUGGUGCCCAGCAACUUUUAUCACCUUUUUGUUUUUUGUUCUGAUUCAGUUUUAGGGCUUUUGUUAGAAUAAUUUUUUUUGAAGUACAUAAAAGUCACUUUUGUAGAGUUGUAGUAUAAAAUAUCAUGAGAAGUAUAAACAUCAUUAUCAAAAUUA